GAAAUAGGAAGCGGAUGCCGAGGGGUGUGACUUCAGUGCCUGGAAGAGAAGCAGCAGUGUAUGCAGAGGCCAGGGAUCCAUGGAGGUAGAGGCCCCGGGAGCUGUGCGAACGACACUGGCUAAUGGCUAUCGAGGACAGGGGGAGAAAAAAAGGAACGGAAGAGACUGUCAAGUAAAUCCAAUAUUUUUCAAAUGAGUGGUGAUCUUGCGUUGGUGGCAGUGUGACUGGUUUUGAUGUCUUGCCUUAAAAUUUAAUAAUAUUGUAAUGUGCUCGUUCUAAAAUAAUUCAAGAUGAGCCAAGACAGAGGGAAAUAUGAUUUCUACAUUGGACUUGGAUUGGCAAUCAGCUCAAGUAUUUUCAUUGGUGGAAGUUUUAUCUUGAAAAAGAAGGGGCUUCUCCGGCUAGCAAGAAAAGGAUCUAUGAGAGCAGGGCAAGGUGGCCAUGCAUAUCUCAAGGAAUGGUUGUGGUGGGCCGGACUUCUCUCAAUGGGAGCUGGUGAAGUUGCAAACUUUGCGGCAUAUGCUUUUGCACCUGCUACACUGGUUACUCCUUUAGGCGCUUUAAGUGUUUUAGUCAGUGCCAUCCUGUCAUCCUACUUCUUAAAUGAGAAGCUAAAUCUUCAUGGUAAAAUUGGAUGUUUACUGAGCAUACUGGGCUCUACAGUCAUGGUCAUUCAUGCACCACAGGAAGAGGUGAUCGAGACCUUGAAUCAAAUGGCCAUUAAGCUAGCAGAUCCAGGUUUUGUACUCUUUGCAACGGCAGUUGUAAUUGUCUCACUCAUAUUGAUAUUUGUUAUUGGACCUCGUCAUGGACAGUCAAAUAUUUUGGUUUAUAUCAGCAUAUGCUCAGUGAUUGGAGCUCUGUCUGUGUCCUGCGUAAAAGGAUUAGGCAUUGCCAUAAAGGAACUCUUCGCAGGAGAGUCUGUUAUAAGACACCCUCUGGCAUGGAUCCUAUUAUUAAGCCUUAUAGUUUGCGUAAGCACCCAAAUAAACUAUUUAAAUAGGGCUUUGGAUAUAUUCAACACUUCAUUAGUGACUCCAAUUUACUAUGUUUUCUUUACCACUUCAGUUCUCUCAUGCUCAGCUAUUCUCUUUAAAGAAUGGCAGCACAUGUCUGUGAAUGACAUGAUUGGCACAUUCAGUGGUUUCCUUACAAUAAUUGUUGGGAUCUUUUUAUUGCACGCAUUUAAAGAUGUCAGUAUCACUUUAUCAAAUCUACCCGUGUCUCUAAGAAAGGAUGAGCGGCUGUUAAAUGGAAAUCUUUCCACCAACAUUUAUGAGCAUUUAAAUUGUGAUGAGGAAAGCCAGCUUGGUGACAACGAACUUGCAAUGAAUGAGACCACUGCGUCUCGAAGAAAUGGAAACAUGACCUCCUUCUAACUGAAACAUUCAUACCUUCAUAUCGUGGAAAAAAUAUGUAACCUGGACUUUGUGAUGAGCCACUUUCUGAUUAUAUUAAAAAAAAUUAUGUCAUUUAAGUUCUAUCCAACCACUUGUGAUUAGUAUGCAGAUUUUAAACAUUGGUACAUUUUUUGUAGGUUGUUGAAAAUAAGAGCAAACACACAUCCUUGUUCUGGAAAGCGCAAAAGCUAAACAUUUUGAGGACAGUUUACCCCCCACCCAGUUAUCUGAUGAGAUUAGUCAGAAUGUUGGCUAUUAUCAAACAUUGAUCAAAUGGUCUAGCCAGGUUACUUUUUAUUCAGUUGUAUAGAAUAUAUUGUAAAUAUUUUAAUAAGAGAAGAUAUAAUUGGGAAACUCAUUUGGCAUGGAACAUAAAUCAUGUAUUUAUUUUAAGGCACUCUGCCAGAAUCUGUUAAAAUUGAUUCCAUAUCUGUAAAGUGAAUAGGGGUUUCACCAUUUUUUUAUUGACAAUCCAAUCUCUAGCUGGUUAGUUUGGGUAAUUUCUAGGGGAGGUUUUUUUUUGCCUUUUUAACUAAGAUUACCUCAACAUUCAUCUGUUUUUCAGUUUUUAAUUAUUUAAAAUGUAUAUACAUUUAAAAAAAUCUAAAAAUGUUGCACUAAACUUUAAAUUAUAUAUCUUAAAAAAAUAAAUGAAUUACAUAA